CGAGCCAGUCAGCUCCUCCACCACAGGGACCAUCUCUCCACUUUGCUGACAUUAACCAGCCGCUUGAUGCCAUGUAAACUUGCUCUGUUAGGAACUGUUAUCGCAGAUAGCUGCGUGAAGCGAAGCAGAUCCCCAUUGAACGAGAAGCGGCGAGGACUUCAGGGCCCCCAUCUCAGAAGCUUUGCCAGGAACCCAGCGGCAUCCCCCGACAGAUUUAAAAGCAACGCUCGUCCAAGAAAAGUUUCUUCUAAAGGCUCAAAAAUAGUGUUUUAAAAACUGCUCCCCUGAGACAGCGUUGACGAUGACGAUGGAAGCAAAUUGAGAAACAAAUGCGAGAUGGAAUUAAGCAAGUCGGGCUACCGUAUAAAAAUGACUGUAAAGUUUUGAGCAACACAGCGGACUUUAUGUGAAUGCAGUGUUUUAGAUUGUAAUUAAUAUGAGGAUUAACAGAUAUGUCAUCAUUUCUUUGUGUCUGAUUCAGAUUUUCUAUCGGUGGAAUUCCUGUGUACCCAGUAUCUGACCUUUUAUGAACUCUUAAAGUAGUCGGAAAAGUCGAAAGAAAAAAAUGUCCCAGAGAAUGAAAAAGUGCAGAAAGCGAAUUUCCUAAAGAGUUCGCCUCACAAAGGUUUGUAGUUCAGGUUGCCAAAGUGCUCCUCUUAUGUUAUAAAACUGGCACUGCGAGAACGAGAAAUUGAGGCUGUUUUAAAAAGCAGACAAUUCUGUAAAAACAGAUGAAAGUUACUUACAGAGCGACAGUCAUUGGAAUGGCCUCAUUGUGUUUCGAGCACAGCAACUAAGGCGUACAUUACCGGACAAUGACCCUACUUUGAAUAGGACACUGAAGUAAAAAAAAAAAGGAAAGGAAAAUCGAAAUAUUAAUUUUGUUAAAACGGUAUGGUGGGAAGCUCUUCCAACAACGGCGGCACGAGGAUGCUCUCCCCUACUGGAGGCAGCGGCGACAGGCGAGUGGAGUUCGUGGCGCUGACGGCGGUCCAUACAGAAAGAAGCGAGCCGUCUUCUCCGGAGCGCGGUCAACACACCCGCACAGGUCUGCUUGGGACCCCUUUACCUACGCCCCCUGGAGGGAGGGCUGUGAACUCUGCAUCCAGUAAACGCUACCGUAGGCUCCAGAACUGCCUGUACAACGUACUGGAGCGACCCCGGGGCUGGGCGUUCAUCUACCAUGCAUUCAUAUUCCUUCUGGUCUUCAGCUGCCUGGUGCUUUCAGUCUUUUCUACCAUCCCAGACCACCAAAAAAUGGCCAAUGAGGGCCUCUUCAUUUUGGAGUUUGCCAUGAUAGUUGUGUUUGGGCUGGAGUAUAUCAUCAGGAUCUGGUCAGCAGGAUGCUGCUGUCGUUAUCGUGGUUGGCAAGGGCGGCUCAGGUUUGCCAGAAAGCCAUUCUGUGUCAUAGAUUUCAUUGUUUUUGUGGCAUCGGUGGCCGUGAUUGCCGCUGGGACACAGGGGAACAUCUUUGCCACCUCAGCACUGCGCAGCAUGCGUUUUCUUCAAAUCUUACGCAUGGUACGGAUGGACAGGAGGGGUGGCACAUGGAAGCUCCUCGGAUCUGUGGUAUAUGCACACAGUAAGGAGCUCAUCACAGCUUGGUACAUUGGAUUUCUGGUCCUCAUUUUUGCCUCUUUCCUGGUCUACUUGGCAGAAAAAGACGUCAACACUGAAUUUGCCACCUACGCUGACUCACUGUGGUGGGGGACAAUUACUCUCACUACUAUUGGCUAUGGAGACAAGACUCCGAGAACCUGGUUAGGUCGUGUUCUGGCUGCAGGCUUUGCUCUCCUGGGCGUUUCAUUCUUUGCUCUUCCAGCGGGAAUUCUAGGUUCUGGCUUUGCCUUGAAAGUUCAGGAGCAGCAUCGACAGAAGCAUUUUGAAAAGAGGCGGGCACCAGCUGCCAACCUCAUUCAGGCUGCUUGGCGACUCUAUUCAACUGAUGUGAACCACUCUUACCUGACUGCGACCUGGUAUUUCUAUGAUACCAUGCUACCAUCAUUCAGAGAGCUAUCUCUCUUGUUUAGCCACCUUCACCGCUCACGGGCCAGAGGUGUACGCAAUUUGGCCCUGAAGAAAUUUAAUGAAAACUCUGCUGUACAGAAUGGCGGCCUUCUGAUGGAACACAAGUCACAAGUUUCCCCUGACCUGCUAGGGGAGAGUCAGCUCUUUAAUGGUAAGCGGAGUUUCUUCUGGAUUCACGGCGGCCGCAAGCAGAGUGGGAAAAUUGGAUUUCGGGAACGGAUCAGAAUGAACAACUCCCGGAGCCAGGGAUUCCAAAAAAAACCUCAUGUUGUUCCAACUGUCCGAAACUCACCCAGCACAGAGAAUGUUCCAGAAACAACCAGCCCAACCAAAGUACAAAAGAGCUGGAGUUUCAAUGACCGCACUCGAUUCCGUGCCUCACUGAGGCUUAAGCCUCGGCCAACUGUUGAGAGUGAGUUGGAAGGAGCAUCAGAAGAUGCAAAUGAUGAGAAAACUACUCACUGUGACCUCACCAUGGAGGAAAUCAUGCCAGCGGUGAAGACAUUGAUAAGGGCAGUCAGGAUACUGAAGUUCUUGGUUGCAAAAAGGAAAUUCAAGGAGACCUUAAGACCAUAUGAUGUAAAGGAUGUAAUAGAACAGUAUUCAGCUGGACAUCUUGACAUGCUGGGACGUGUAAAGAGUCUUCAGACCAGAGUGGAUCAGAUUGUAGGUCGUGGCUCCAUCCAGACAGAGAAAAAGAUAAGAAGUGAGAAAGGAGAAAAAUCCCUCCCUGAUCUGGAUCCAGCGGAUGAAUUAAGUAUGAUGGGAAGAGUGGUAAAGGUAGAGAAGCAGGUGCAGUCUAUUGAGAACAAGUUGGAUUUGCUCCUCAACUUUUACACACACUGCCUUCGGAAGGGUUCUUCAUUCACUUUGGCAGCCAUGCAACUUCCCUUGAUAGAUCCAGAUCUGACUUCAGACUAUCACAGUCCAGUGGACCAACGAGAACUCUUUCCUUCUGUCCAGACUCUCAACAUCUCACAGUCAGAGAGUGGCACCAUGGACUAAUUCCACUAAACUCAAUACACAGUACUAUUACCAAGGCCUUUUAUUCUGCCUUUAAAGCAAAAUAUGGCAAAGAAGAACACAGAUGAUAUUCAAAGCAUCUGUCAUUAGCUAUGCUGACUUUGGCAUGGCCAAACAUCUAUAAUACUUGAACUCGCCCAGGAGCAGCAAAACCUGCUUGAGGAGCUUAUUGCUUAAACAAGCAUUUCAUGAAUGUAAGAACCAUUAUUUUUGUGAUACUGCCCCUUUAGCUUUUGUCCCUUUUUUAAAGGGAAUUAUGCAGCAGAAACUCCAAAACAGUGGCAGCACGCAGAAAUGUCUUCCUUGCUCAUUGGAGCAACACAGUGAUUCUACAGAUGCAACACCAGAACAAAACUGUUUUCAGAACCAUUAUGCUGUGACCACUGGGUGAGCGAAGAGAUGGACAUGGAAUGGGGGGCUGCAAGUUCUAAAAGCAGCUUGCAUGCUGCAACUUUUUUAUUUUUUGAUCAAAGUAGGCAAUAAUUAUACUGUUUAGUGGGAAUUGCACUUUUAGAAUAAUUUUUGGGUCGGUGUCCAGAGAUCUCAGAACAGGCUGAGAAAAAACAAAAAGACAACAAAUUUAUAUUUUCUGUUGUUUACUCUGUUCCAAUGAAACUCAACUGCUGCCAAGGUGAUUGCUGAUCUGUGAUGCCUUUCUUGUCUGCAAUUCAGGGUCUAUCUCCGUUUUUUGUACCUAACCUAUGCACAAACCUAUGUCUCUUAUCUUUAGGAGUAGAAUUAUUCAGGGUUUCAUUAACAGCGUGAAAACAUAAUUCUGUUAAUUUUUUUUUUUCAUUUAUUUUUUGUCAUAAUUUCUUCUGUCUAACAAUGAGGCUCUGGUACAUAUUUUUGGGAUGGUCUUUCUUACAGGUCUCUCCAUGCUGUUUUUGUGUUUUUCACUUCAUGUCUCCAGUUCCUUCUUCUCCAUUCUAUUAUAAGGACUAUGACUUUCAUCAAGCUAAGUUGGCUUUUCCAAACAGAUUCUCUCUUUAUCUUUUAUAAAUUCUUCCACAAAAGUGGCUAUUUCAAUGUGAUUUUGAGUAAAGUGAAUAGCUAAGUAGCAAGAACCAAAAAAAGAAAAUGUAGUUAAAAAAAGCUAGUAUGGGAAUGAUGCACAGUUGGUUAAAAUUGUGGUCUUUCGGCCCUACUGCAUAUUAGGCUCAAUCUACUGCUAAAUUUGUUAACUUUUCUGAAAUCCUGCAAAUAUUUCUGCAAAACCAUUCCAUCAGUAGCAUAACAGUCUGCUUAUUUUCCUCAGUAAAUAAUAUUAUUCUUCAUUUACAGAAUCAUUGGCUUUUGAAAGCUUUUUCAUAAUUUCUUACAUUUUUCAUGCUUAUCGCAGCACUUGUCUUUGUUAAGGGGGCACAGCAAGUGGAUUCCUUCUGUCUAGUGCAGACGGCUUGGCUUUGAUGCACAAAAUAUUCUUCUCAGAAGCACAAAGGACUCUAGUCAGAUUGUACGUUUAAUGCUCAUAUAAAUCAAAAACCUACUGUCCCUCAUUCCAGAUGCUAUAUCUUCCACUUGCUUCCAUUAUUCUUUGCCACCAACAAUUAAUUUUUAUUCUCAGUGAACUCUAUCAGAAGGAUAAUCAAAUUGUCAAAUGCGAUUGCUCCAACUAUUUUAGAUAACACGUUGUACAAUGCACUAAAGGUGCUAAUCAAGCCAAUUAUUUGAAUUGAAGGUGUUGUACAACCACUUAAGGUUUUAGUCCUUGGGGAGCACCGUGGUCCUGUCCAAACAGAUAAUAGCCUGUGCAUGUGUUAGAAUUAUUGUAUCUUUUGUUUUAGAAACAACAACCCUCUGACACACAUUUCUCGCUCCUACCACCACAGGUCUUACACGGGCUCAUUCACAGACCAGUAAACACAAUGUUCUAGUGAGUGUUUUCCUAUCAUGCGUUCCAUCUGUAAAUGGAAGUUGUCAAAAACAACUCAUGUUUUGAUUGCUAUCAAGUUGCAAAAGUCAGAAACAGACUCAUACAGUGCACAUGAAGGGCCACUUUUAACUUGGCUUUUCCCAAAAUCCUUACACACAUCCUAAUUUGUGUUCUCUGUUUGGACAUCUGAUAAGGUACCAUCGCCUAUUACACAACAUUCAAUAUACUUCAUUUUAGGCAACCAUUUUUAGAGUUCCUACAGCAACCCAGAGUUGUGCAGAUCUAAUAAUGUUUCAGUCGUUUCACAUUGCCUGUCCAUGUGUAUGUUACACUGAGAGAAGAGAAUAACAGCAUUUUCUUCUGCACAUGAUAUCUUUCUUUAUGCACUCUGAAGAGCACAUAAUCACUUUCUCUUCUCAUUCAUCAUGCUUCUCCUUUUUCUACAUUCUAAAACACACCGUUCGCCAUGCCUGCAUGCCCCACACGCAACAUUUGAAUGCUGUGCGUGCUUAAUCUGCAUGCUUUUUACAUGU